AUGAAACACGAUUCGCCCUCGUUCCCCUUGCCCAUCUCGACACCUACUACCACUUUUCGGGUCGAGCACGUAUCUUGGGCCGAUCCAGCGGGGGCAAAACUCCGAGACGAGCAGGUAGUCGAAAUUAGCGAGAGGUUCGGGACGUCUCCGGGCAAGGAACUCAAUCUACUGUUAUCUCAUUUUCAUAACGCACCCGGUGUCCCACCCUCAGCAGACGACAUUGUCCUUUUUCUCCUCGCUUACCCGGAAAAUAGCGAUGAACCAGUUGCAUGCGGUGCUAUACGCCAUUUGGACGACGGAUUCAUGGAAGCAAGUCCUCAAUCUACCCUCAACAUCCAAACCCACACUAAAAAUAUCUACUAG